AUGCUCCUGCUGCCCGGGGCCCUGGAACGUGCACCGGAGAGCUGCGGCCUCCGCGGCUGGAGCUGGCUGAGCCGCCCUGCGGCUGUUGAGUGGCGGGGCGACGUCCGGCGGAAGGGCGCGGGGCGCGCACGCUUUAAAUGGCAUUCGCUGUCAUCCGAGCUCACAGCCGUGUGGGCAGGAGCGGGCUAUAUAAGCCGCCGGCUGGGCCGCCGCGGGCCAGACAGCGACAGCAGCGGCGGCGUGUGCCUCGGAGCACGGUGAAGCAGCGCCCCCGGAGCCCCUUGCCCCCCGACGGGCCCCCCCCGCCCGCCCUCCCGAGGAGCGCCGGCCCGGGCCCGCGAGGGCCGCCGCCACCCCGCAGCAGAUUUGGAUCCCCCGCCAGGCGAGCCCCAGGCUGCUGCCUCCCGGGGGGCCCCGGUGCAGCCGCCACCCCCGGAGAGCCCCAGCGCCCCGCCGCCGGGCCCCGAAGACGCCGGAAGCGCCAUGGCGACCGCCAAGUCCAGCGAGCUGAUGGGCAUAUGCUCCAGCUACCAGGCGGUGAUGCCGCACUUCGUGUGCCUGGCCGACGAGUUCCCGCAGCCCGUGCGGCCAGCCAAGCUGUCCAAGGGCAAGGGCCGGCUGCGGCGGCCGCGCCAGUCCCGCUUCAAGACGCAGCCGGUGACCUUCGACGAGAUCCAGGAGGUGGAGGAGGAAGGAGUGUCCCCCAUGGAGGAGGAGAAGGCCAAGAAGUCGUUCCUGCAGAGCCUGGAAUGCCUGCGCCGCAGCACGCAGAGCCUGUCGCUGCAGAGGGACCAGCUCAGCAGCUGCAAACUGAGGAACAGCCUGGACUCCAGCGACUCUGACUCGGCCCUGUGA